AUGGACCCGUUGUUGCCAACGCGAUUAUCGGCCGACUACCGACCUGCAAAAGGAGACGUCAGGGAGUGCUCUAAUUAUCGGGCCAUUACCUUAUUGAGCCUCCCGUGCGAAUUCUACUCAAGGGUGAUACAAUGGAGGCGCCACGGAAUAGCUCGCUCCAAGAUACAAGAAGAGCAGUGUGGCUUCCAGGCCGAAGCGGAUCUAAUCAGAUAUUCGCUGUGCGCCAAAUUGAAAUCGUUGGAGUUCGUCCAUUACGGGUUCAUAGCCGAAUGUGAUGUGGCCGUCAUGCGUGUGCACUUAUCUAACACUGAAAGUUUAGUAUUCGUUCUCCUGUCCGUUACCCUUCGGAUAAACUGGGGAGUUGAUAUGCUCAUGGUCGUGUUUGCUGAUGAUGAGAAAUUCGAGGAAGCGAUCAACCGGCGGAUUGAAGCAGCCAGUGGCAUUCUGCGUGAACUAGCCCGAUCCAUUAUGACUAAAGCAGAGCUCAGUCAGAAAACUAUGCUUUCAGUAUUCCAGUCGAUCUUUAUCCCCAUUCUUACCUACGGUCAUGAGUCGUGGACCAUGAUUGAAAUGCUUCGAUCCCGGGUACAAGAUGCUGAAAUGGGCUUUCUGAGCCGCAUCUCGACAUAUCCAGGAAUACAGACAUCUGAAAUAUCCUUGGCGUACAUCCGCUGCUUCUCCAGAUUGAGAAGUCACAGCUGGGAUGGCUUGGGCAUGUGUUGCGAAUGCCUCCAGAAAGGAAGACUAAGCAAAUGUGUCUUUCCCAACCGACCGACAGAAGGCACAGGUGACGGCCAAGAUUAA